CUGACUUCUCCUCAACCUCAUCCCCGAACGCACGAACACAAACCAAAGAUGCAGAAGUUCAAGAACUCUAGGCACCUCAAAUCAUUCCUCUGUGGAAUCCAUCCAGUAAUGCGUGGAUUCUAAAUGGUAAUUGGAGUUCAUGGAUUCUUCCUUGAUGGCUGCCAUGGUCGAUUGAAUGAAUUAAUGAAAGCCCAUGGAAGAGUUCUCCAUGAAUUACGAUCUUCUGAAACUACAGCCAAAGAAUAUAACAAUACCAUGAACAAGGUCGCAACUGAAGCUGCUUCCUAUUCUGAUCGAUUUGCCACUCAAGAAGCUAAUUUUAUGCAAUUUCAGAAUCUGUAUUGUCUGGGGCAGUGCAGCCCUGAUUUAUCUGGGAGUGACUGUUACAGAUGCCUUGUGGGUGUCAUUAGUUAUCUCCCCAGCGGCAAGCAAGGAGGAAGGGCUUUUAAUCCGAGCUGUAACGUCAGGUUUGAGAUGUACUCUUUCUAUGGAGUUAUAGCUUCAGUACCGGCUCCUUCGCCUACUCUUGUUUCUCCCCUGCCUCUUACUAAACCGGCUUCUUCACCAGCUUUUGUUUCUUCGCCACCGCCUCCUCCCGGUGACGGAACUACCAUUCCUGGGAAACAAGGAAGCUCGUCUAGAAAAAUUAUUACUAUUGUUGUGCCAUCUGUGGCUGCAGGAUUGAUUCUAUCCUCGGUUCUCUUGUACUGUUUGAUAAUCCAGAAGAAGGAGGAACCAUCAAAAGAGAAUGGCGGGAUUACAAUUAGAAGUGGAGAGUCAUUGCAAUUUGAUUUCAGUACAGUCCUUGUAGCCACAAACAACUUUGCAGAUAUCAAUAAGAUUGGUCAAGGAGGUUUUGGUGAUGUUUACAUGGGUAUACUUCCCAAUGAACAAGAAAUUGCUAUCAAGAGACUUUCAAGAAACUCAGGGCAAGGUGCAGAAGAAUUCAAGAAUGAGGUUGUGUUAGUGGCGAAGCUUCAACACCGCAAUCUGGUUAGGCUAUUGGGAUUUUGCUUGGAGGGAGAAGAAAAGAUACUUAUCUAUGAGUUUGUACCCAACAAAAGCCUCAAUUACUUCCCAUUUGGUUUCGCCCCCACACACUUCUCCCCCUCUCAAUUUUUUUUAUCCGAAGUUGUUUUCUCUCUUGUUACAUGGAUUUUAUUGAAUUAUACAUUUCAAUUUAUGCAAAUGUGGAAGUGUAAUCGAAAAUACCUCAUCAUCGUUUGUCCAUGCACCAACUUUUCAGGAUGAACUGUUCAUCAACUUGAUCAAAUCCAAAAUUCUGAUUCUAUCUUUUAUUUGAUGGCCAUAGAUCCUGAGAAAAGCAUGGAGUUAGAUUGGUAGAGACGUUCCAAGAUCAUAGGAGGGAUUGCUCGAGGACUUCUUUAUCUUCAUGAAGAUUCCCGCCUUCGUAUUAUUCAUAGGGAUCUUAAAGCAAGCAAUAUCUUGUUAGAUGAGGAAAUGAAUCCCAAGAUAGCAGAUUUUGGGUUAGCAAGAAUUGUUGGCGUGGACCAAACUCAAGCAAAUGCAAACAGAAUAGUUGGGACUUAUGGUUACAUGUCUCCGGAGUAUGCAUUACAUGGGUUUUUCUCAGUCAAAUCAGUUGUGUUCAGCUUUGGUGUAUUAGUUUUGGAGAUUAUAACUGGAAAGAAAAAGAGCAAUUUCUAUCAAACAGGCUGUGGUGGGGACCUCAUAAGCUAUGCAUGGAGACAUUGGAAUGCAAGAACAACCUUUGAGCUCAUUGAUCCAAUCCUAAGAGAAAAUUGUCCAAGAAGUGAAGUUACAAGAUGCAUUCAUAUUGGGUUACUGUGUAUUCAGGAAGAUGUAGCUGAUAGACCCACUAUGGCAAACAUGGUCCUUAUGUUGACCAGUGACUCAGUUUCUCUACCAUUACCCUCAGAACCAGCAUUUUGCGUGCAAAGCAAAAUGCAAGAAGCUGAAUCAGAUCAUUCUAUAAGUCGUUCAAUACCGAUAUCUGUCAAUGAAGAGUCAAUCACCUUUGAGCUCCAAUAAUAUGAGUCGAUAAGAGUAAUGUACAAUUAGAUUUAUGCAACUUUUAGUUAUGCCUUGAAUAGAGAUAGUCCAUUCACAGAAGUAUGUAAAGGGAAAUAAUGUAUUCCUCAAACUAAGGAUCAAGAAGAGUUAGUGAGUGAAAGAUAAAGGGCUCA